AUGACAAGUCCAGAAACAGUUAAAACGAUAAAAGUAGCUUAUCUUGGUCCUCCAGGAACUUUUUCUCAUCAAGCAGCGAUUCAAAAAUUUUCAAAAUUUUCAAAAAAUUUUAAAGUUGAAUAUAUCCCCCAAAGAACAAUAGGCGAUUGCUUUAAUGUCAUAGCCAACAAUACAGAUCAAAUUAAUUAUUCAGUUCUUCCAUUUGAAAACUCAACUAAUGGUUCAGUGGUGCUUUCUUAUGAUUUAUUCCGUGAUUAUUUUAUCAAAAAAAGACCUAAUAACGAUAUUCUAAAACAAAAAGUUAGAGUGGUUGGUGAAGAAUUUGUUACAAUUUGUCAUAAUUUAAUAACUAAUCAGAAGGAUUUAUCAAAGAUUAAAAAAAUAUAUACACAUCCUCAGGUUUGGACACAAUGCAAUAAAUUUCUAAAUGGUUUAAAUUUCGAAAAAAUAGACACCUCUUCAACGUCAAAAGCCGCUGAGUUAAUUAAAAAUACAGACCAAGAUGAUUGUGCUGCCAUUGGUUCACUCAUAUCAAGCCAAGUUCACAACGUUCCAAUAUUAUACAAUAACAUCGAAGACGAUUCUAAUAACACCACACGUUUUUUAAUCCUCACUAAUGAUAACGAAGUUAGUAAUGAUGAUGGAAUUAGCAAUGAAAAGUUCUUGAAUGAUUACCAACUUGGUAAUAAAUUCAUUAGCUUGAUAGUUUUCAAUAUCGAAAAUAGUAAAGUUGGCUCUUUAUCCAAAAUCUUAACAAUCUUCAAUAAAUUCAAACUAAAUAUAGCUACAAUUAACUCCCGUCCCUCCAAUUUAGCAAAGUGGCAAUAUGUAUUUUUCUUUGAAAUUUUUAGUAAUAGCAAUGUUAAUAGCGCUAAUAACAACGCUAAUAAUAUUGAAAAUAAUUUAGAAAUAUUAAAAGAAUUGAAGGAGAAUUGUAUUGAUUUCGAGAUCCUUGGAUCAUUUAAACGAAACGAGAAAUAUUAUCAAUCUGCUGUCAAUUUCAAAUGCUAA